GCACCACCGCCACCGCCACCACCGCGGGAGCCGGAGCUGCCGGGCGCAGCGGCGUCCGCGCCAGACUGGAGCGGGAGGGUGGCCGAGCGCAGUUGCUGGGAAUUUGUCAGCCCGGAGGGUGAGCGAUCCGGAGAGAGACCCCGCGAGCUGGGGAGCGGUGGAGAGCGCGGGCGCCGGAGCGAGCCGAGCCAGCCCCGAAAUAGAUCUAGAAAGCCAGGUUCCUGGAGGAAAUGGGACUGUGACCGAACCGGGGAGCAAGAAGGGAAGGAAGCGCCGGGCUUGCUGAUGUCAGAGGAGCCCGGAAAGUCGCGCUGGAAAAAGCCUAAGACAGCCGGGGCUCUGCUGCUUCCCCGGGAGAGACACGGCCAGCCACCCCCACACGUCCCCUCGGCGCCUCCGGGUUCCCCCCCGCGAGCCGGCGACAGCGCGCGGCGGGGCUGCUGCGGGGCGACGGGGGACUGAGGGGCGCGCGGACCGGAGACCGAGGGGCCACUUCAGGAAUACAGAUAAGUGGCUGGCGGCUGGACGGGGAUUUUAAUGAAUUUGGACUCCAUGUGGAUUUGGUCGUCCCCGUGAUUGCGAGCUGCGGGCAGCGAGAGGGGCAGCGCGCCGCCCUCGGCAGCCGGCGGCCGAGGCGGACCGGCCGGGAGCGGAAGGACAGACCGACGUCGGCGAGCUGGAACCAUGUGAGGGCCAGCCCAGGAAGGUGGAGUAGAUGAGAACUCCGAGGAUCUGUGUCCUCCUCCCCUCCACCCCACUCAGAAUGGAAGAGAGGAGGCCCUGGCCACGCGCUGCAGAGGUUGACAGCUGGUCUGUGGUCCUGCUCUCCAUGGUCUGGGUGCUGCUGGCUCCCGGGGCGGCCGGCAUGCCUCAGUUCAGCACCUUCCACUCGGAGAACCGGGACUGGACCUUCAACCACCUGACCGUGCACCGAGGCACGGGGGCAGUGUACGUGGGGGCCAUCAAUCGGGUGUACAAGCUGACGGGCAACCUGACCAUCCAGGUGGCUCACAAGACGGGGCCGGAAGAGGACAACAAGUCCUGUUACCCCCCGCUCAUCGUGCAGCCCUGCGGCGAGGUGCUGACCCUCACCAACAACGUCAACAAGCUGCUCAUCAUCGACUACUCGGAGAACCGCCUGCUGGCCUGCGGGAGCCUCUACCAGGGGGUGUGCAAGCUGCUGCGGCUGGACGACUUGUUCAUCCUGGUGGAGCCGUCACACAAGAAGGAGCACUACCUGUCCAGCGUCAACAAGACCGGCACGAUGUACGGCGUGAUCGUGCGCUCGGACGGCGAGGACGGCAAGCUGUUCAUCGGCACUGCCGUGGACGGCAAGCAGGAUUACUUCCCGACCCUGUCCAGCCGGAAGCUGCCCCGCGACCCCGAGUCCUCCGCCAUGCUCGACUACGAGCUGCACAGCGACUUCGUCUCCUCCCUCAUCAAGAUCCCCUCCGACACCCUGGCCCUGGUCGCCCACUUCGACAUCUUCUACAUCUACGGCUUCGCCAGCGGGGGCUUCGUCUACUUCCUGACGGUGCAGCCCGAGACCCCCGAGGGCGUGGCCAUCAACUCGGCGGGGGACCUGUUCUACACGUCCCGCAUCGUUCGCCUCUGCAAGGACGAUCCCAAGUUCCACUCCUACGUGUCCUUGCCCUUCGGCUGCACUCGGGCUGGCGUGGAGUACCGCCUCCUGCAGGCCGCUUACCUCGCCAAACCCGGGGACUCCCUGGCCCAGGCCUUCAAUAUCAGCGGCCAGGAUGACGUGCUCUUUGCUCUCUUCUCCAAAGGGCAGAAGCAGUACCACCACCCGCCAGACGACUCUGCCCUCUGUGCCUUCCCCAUUCGGGCCAUCAACCUGCAGAUCAAGGAGCGCCUGCAGUCCUGCUACCAGGGGGAGGGCAACCUGGAGCUCAACUGGCUCCUGGGGAAGGACGUCCAGUGCACCAAGGCGCCGGUCCCCAUCGACGACAACUUCUGUGGACUGGACAUCAACCAGCCACUGGGAGGCUCGACUCCAGUGGAGGGCCUGACCCUGUAUACCACCAGCCGGGACCGCAUGACCUCCGUGGCCUCCUACGUUUACAAUGGCUACAGCGUGGUUUUUGUGGGGACGAAGAGCGGCAAGCUGAAAAAGAUUCGAGCCGAUGGUCCCCCCCAUGGAGGGGUCCAGUACGAGAUGGUCUCUGUGCUCAAAGAUGGGAGCCCCAUCCUCCGGGACAUGGCCUUCUCCAUUGAUGAGCGCUACCUGUACAUCAUGUCUGAGAGACAGAUCACCAGGGUCCCCGUGGAAUCCUGUGAGCAGUACACGACCUGUGGGGAAUGUCUGAGCUCGGGGGACCCUCACUGUGGCUGGUGUGCCCUGCACAAUAUGUGCUCCCGCAGGGACAAGUGCCAGAGGGCCUGGGAACCUAAUCGAUUUGCAGCCAGCAUCAGCCAGUGCAUGAGCCUCGAGGUGCAUCCCAGCAGCAUCUCAGUGUCUGAACACAGUCGGCGGCUCAGCCUGGUUGUGAGUGAUGCUCCUGACCUGUCUGUGGGCAUCUCCUGUGCCUUUGGGAACCUGACCGAGGUGGAGGGACAGGUGUCUGGGAGCCAGGUCAUCUGCAUCUCACCAGGGCCCAAGGAUGUCCCUGUCAUCCCUCUGGAUCAAGACUGGUUUGGGCUAGAGCUGCAGCUGAGAUCCAAGGAGACAGGGAAGAUAUUUGUCAGCACCGAGUUCAAGUUCUACAACUGCAGUGCCCACCAACUGUGCCUGUCUUGCGUCAACAGCGCCUUCCGCUGCCAUUGGUGCAAAUACCGGAACCUCUGCACUCACGACCCCACCACUUGCUCCUUCCAGGAGGGCCGGAUCAAUAUUUCAGAGGACUGUCCCCAGCUGGUGCCCACAGAGGAAAUUCUGAUACCAGUCGGAGAGGUAAAGCCAAUCACUCUGAAGGCUCGAAACCUGCCCCAGCCCCAGUCGGGCCAGCGAGGCUACGAGUGCGUCCUCAGCAUCCAGGGAGCAGUCCACCGCGUGCCCGCCCUGCGCUUCAACAGCUCCAGCGUCCAGUGCCAGAACAGCUCGUACCAGUACGAUGGGAUGGACAUCAGCAACCUGGCCGUGGACUUCGCCGUGGUGUGGAAUGGCAAUUUCAUCAUCGACAACCCACAGGACCUGAAAGUCCAUCUCUACAAGUGUGCAGCCCAGCGGGAGAGCUGCGGCCUCUGCCUGAAGGCCGACCGGAAGUUCGAGUGUGGCUGGUGCAGCGGCGAGCACAGGUGCACCCUCCAACAGCACUGCAUCAGCCCCUCCAGCCCCUGGCUUGACUGGUCCAGCCACAACGUUAAGUGCUCCAACCCUCAGAUCACCGAGAUCUUGACGGUGUCUGGACCACCUGAAGGAGGGACUCGAGUGACCAUCCAUGGCGUGAACCUGGGCCUGGACUUCUCUGAGAUCGCCCACCACGUGCAGGUGGCUGGGGUGCCCUGCACCCCCUUGCCGGGGGAUUACAUCAUCGCUGAGCAGAUCGUCUGUGAGAUGGGCCAUGCCCUCGUGGGAACCACCUCCGGGCCCGUGCGCUUGUGCAUUGGCGAGUGUAAGCCAGAGUUCAUGACCAAGUCCCAUCAACAGUACACCUUUGUGAACCCCUCCGUGCUGUCACUCAACCCCAUCCGAGGGCCAGAAUCGGGAGGCACCAUGGUGACCAUCACGGGCCAUUACCUCGGGGCUGGGAGCAGCGUGGCCGUAUACCUGGGCAACCAGACCUGCGAGUUCUAUGGGAGGUCAAUGAAUGAGAUUGUGUGCGUCUCACCCCCGUCAUCCAACGGACUGGGCCCAGUCCCAGUUUCCGUGAGUGUCGACCGAGCCCGCGUGGAUAACAACCUGCAGUUCGAGUACAUAGACGACCCCCGGGUGCAGCGCAUUGAGCCGGAGUGGAGCAUUGCCAGCGGCCACACACCCCUGACCAUCACAGGCUUCAACCUGGAUGUCAUUCAGGAGCCAAGGGUCCGAGUCAAGUUUAAUGGCAAGGAAUCUGUCAAUGUGUGCAAAGUCGUGAACACCACCACCCUGACCUGCCUGGCGCCCUCUCUGACCACGGACUACCGGCCCGGCCUGGACGCCGUGGAGCGGCCAGAUGAGUUCGGCUUCGUCUUUAACAACGUCCAGUCCCUGCUCAUUUACAACGACACUAAGUUCAUCUACUACCCCAACCCAACCUUUGAACUGCUCAGCCCUACUGGAGUCCUGGAUCAAAAGCCAGGAUCCCCAAUCAUUCUGAAGGGCAAAAACCUCUGCCCUCCCGCUUCUGGAGGUGCCAAACUCAACUACACAGUGCUGAUUGGAGAGACCCCAUGUGCUGUCACCGUGUCCGAGACACAGCUCCUCUGCGAGCCUCCCAACCUCACGGGGCAGCACAAAGUCAUGGUUCACGUGGGCGGGAUAGUGUUCUCUCCCGGCUCGGUGAGUGUCAUCUCAGACAGCUUGCUGACCCUGCCAGCCAUCGUCAGCAUCGCGGCGGGCGGCAGCCUCCUCCUCAUCAUCGUCAUCAUCGUCCUCAUUGCCUACAAGCGGAAGUCUCGAGAAAACGACCUCACUCUCAAGAGGCUCCAGAUGCAGAUGGACAACCUGGAGUCCCGCGUGGCCCUGGAGUGUAAGGAAGAGCCAGGCUUGGCUCUCUCAGACCCUGUAGAGCCCCCCAAACGGGAGUCCGGCUCCCGUGUCCUGCGUAGCUGCCCUGGGAGCAUGUGGAAGCAGCAGGAACAGCGGCAGGAAGGGCAGAAGUACUUGACAGAUGAAUUUCCUGGUUCACCCACACUGUACCUUUGGUACCCUUCUCAGGUGUCAGACAGAUCGGUGGUGGCUCUGGUCCCCAAACAGACGUCCUCCUACAACAUCCCAGCCUCUGCCAGCAUCUCGAGGACACCCAUCGGCAGAUACGACGCCUCCUUCAGGUACACAGGGAGCCCCGACAGCCUGCGGUCCCGAGCCCCCAUGAUCACCCCAGACCUGGAGAGUGGGGUUAAGGUGUGGCAUCUGGUGAAGAACCAUGACCAUGGGGAUCAGAAGGAGGGUGACCGGGGCAGCAAGAUGGUAUCUGAGAUCUACUUGACCCGGCUACUGGCCACCAAGGGCACCCUGCAGAAGUUCGUGGACGACUUGUUUGAGACCUUGUUCAGCACGGUGCACCGGGGCAGCGCUCUCCCCCUGGCCAUCAAGUACAUGUUUGACUUCCUGGAUGAGCAGGCAGACAGACACAGCAUCCACGACACAGAUGUGCGGCACACCUGGAAAAGCAACUGCCUCCCUCUGCGCUUCUGGGUGAACGUGAUCAAGAACCCCCAGUUUGUGUUUGACAUCCACAAGGGCAGCAUCACGGACGCCUGCCUGUCCGUGGUGGCCCAGACCUUCAUGGACUCUUGCUCCACAUCAGAGCACCGGCUGGGCAAGGACUCCCCCUCCAACAAGCUGCUCUACGCCAAGGACAUCCCCAGCUACAAGAGCUGGGUGGAGAGAUACUACGCGGACAUCGCCAAGCUGCCCGCCAUCAGUGACCAGGACAUGAACGCCUACCUGGCUGAGCAGUCCCGUCUGCACGCUGCCGAGUUCAAUAUGCUGAGUGCCCUCAAUGAGAUCUACUCCUACGUCAGCAAGUAUAGCGAAGAGCUCAUCGGGGCCCUGGAGCAGGACGAGCAGGCCCGCCGACAGCGGCUGGCGUACAAGGUGGAGCAGCUCCUAAAUGCUAUGUCCAUCGAGAGCUGAGAGACGGAGCCUCACGUUCCCAGGAAGAGGGGUCUGGGAAAGCUGUCACACUUGGAGUCUCGGAAGGCAGGACAAGUGAAGGGGAUCAGACCCCAGAGCUUGCUGUCCCCUGAGACCCCACACCGGGGAGAGGGGAGGGCCCCUCCCCGCCACGCCAGCCACGGCCCAUCAGCGCCGCUCCUACAGGGACAGACGGUGGGCAUCGUCCACCCACAGCGAACCCCAGAGAGGCAGGGGGCGCUGGGAAGGUGGUUCUUCAAGCCGAGAGGCACGAACUGGGGAACAGUUCUGCCUCUGACUGCUGCUUUGCAUGAAAACUCAUUUGUUGUAUAUUGGGGAAAUAAUGAGAACUUUAUUUAAUUUUUUUUAAGAAAAAGGAAAAAAAAAAAAACCAGAAAUAAAACAAAACAAAAAGCCUCCCUGUUCAUCCCGUCCCACUUCUGUUUCAAUCUGAUUUCCGUCCCCAUUUCUUCUCCCCGCCCUCCCCGUCUUCCUCGAAUGACUCCCAUUUCCAAAUGCCAGAAAAGGCCUACAAAGAGAAGCUGAGAGGAAUUGGAGGGGAAACGAUCAUUUGCUUUCCCUUGAGAUUACAAGAACAUGAGAAGGAGGAGAAGAAUGAGCACAAGUUCACACCAAACACUUCGCAGAAAGAGAGGCCAGUACAAGCUGGAAUCAUCCCGGCGGCCCAAGGACCGUGGCAAGUACUGAACUUGGCACCGACUGUGGAGUCACCGAGGGGCUCAACCUGGCUGACGACCAGUGGAGCUUUAUGGACCACACACGUGUAUAUUCUCAUCUCUGGAGGGGAGAGCUGUGUCUGUAGGGUACCAAUGCUUUUUGCUACUGGGUUUUUUGUUUUUCUUUUAUUUAAUCUCAAACCUCAAGAAAUGAGGAGCUGAUCUUUGGUACUUUUCCCUUUGGUUCCCCUAAAGUUACUGUCAGAAGUGGGGGAGAAGUGGGCCUCUCCCAGAGCAGACACCUGGCCUCCCCGAGGACACUGGGCAGCUUUGCCUUACAUCAGUCACUGUCAUAAACCAGGCCCCCCUGGGAAAAGGGCCUGGAGUGUGUGGCCCAGGACUCCAGGAGAUUCCAUUCGGGAGCUGAUUUGGGGAUGUGGGUGUUUGGCUUUAGGUUCCACUCCAAUCUGCCGGUGGUUUCUUGCAAUUAAAGAGAAAGCAAAAACCAAACACUGUUUACAGCAAGCAAUACUUGAAGAGCAUACGUUAAAGAAGUGGCCGUAUUUAUUGUGAUGCUUUCUUUCUGUCCCUCUCCUGUGCCUGCAGAGGGGAGACAACCCUCCGCUCAUAUGUGGAAGCUCCUGAUCGUCUGAGCACUUGCCUCAGUAGAAAUGACUAUAGCAUCCCCACGUUACUGUCUCCUGCCUCUCUUUCUGCCUCCCACGUCCUUGUGAGUUUGAAGGACAAGUGGGUGGCUUCUCACUGGGCUUAUUUCGUUCUCUCUCUCUUCUGCUGACACCUAAAACCAUUGGGUGAUCAACUCUCCUGAGUGUAGUUUCUAAACAAAGAGACCAAAGCUCCACACCCUGGGUCUAGAGGCCCCAUGAAAGCCAGUGGGAGUCAUCCAGAGGAAGGUGGCUCUGUUGAUGGCAAGACCUUGGUGACCGGGACAGCCUUCAGAGUUUCCAGGCCUCCCACACUGGCAAGGAUCCAAGCAGGCAGCUCCACCUUCUCUGUAAGCAGCAUCAGAGGGAGGGAGAAGGCAGGCCAGAGAAAGGCAAAGGGGUGGGAAGGGGAAAGGCAGGAGAGGACCAUCCUCCCCCCCCCUCCUACUUUUCAAAGGGCUGCAGUGCUGGGAAACUGGACCAGCCAGCCCCAGAGAGACCAGACCAGGGUCACUGCCUCUGUAAUUAACUCUGCGCCCCAGCUUCUCUGUGCUCUGAUUUACCUCCAAACAAUUCCAAUUUCCAAAGGCUCUGCUGACCACACUGGAUUCCCAGGAAAGGGCUGGGGGAGGGGGAGCUCUGAGGGCUGGCUUCCAUCCCUGGCGUGUGGCUCUGGAUCGCUGUGCUAACCACACAGCAGACAUCGCCUGGUCUCUUCAGCUCCAGUUUCUCGCCUGAAUGCUGCUGACAAAGGGAAAGAGAAAAGCAUUCAGCAAAAUACUCAGGAAACUCGCUCUUUUCAUUAUAAUUCACAACCAGCCAUGCCAAGGCCACUUUCUUCUGAUAAUCCACUUCUGCUAAAGUUUCUCUGGGCCCUAUUAAUAGCCUGAAAGAAAUACUAAUGACUGGCCUUCCGCACUAAGCCAAAGUGUUUGCUCUCCGUAGCACCCAAAGUUUAUCAGCUCGGAGCCUGUGAUUAAUGGCAAUGAAAGGAGAGAAGAUUUGUGCAAGAGGAAUGUGAGUGGGGGCCUUGGUGCCACAGAAAAAUCCCAGCCCAUCCUCACAUGACUUCCGAGCUCCGAACGAAGGUUUUCUGAUCACACCACUGUGCAGACCAGCAUCCAGGGUUUUGCUCCACCAAGAAGUAAAAGGAAGUUUGACAUUUCGACAGCAUCUUGCCAACCUUUGCCUCUAUGCAUCUACCCAAGUGUCUCCCAGGAGCUACUUUGGGUGACUGUUCACUUCUCUGGGGCUGCUUCCUUGAAGGUUUCUGGAGAGUGUAGAGAAUGAUGGGGGGAUGGCCAGCUGGAUAGUGGAGGGGGGGAGGAACCAGAGCUGGAGUGAGUGGUUUGGCCGCAUUUCUCGGCAUUCCAUGAGCAUGUCGGGCAAGUUGGGAUGGCAAAGGAGGUGGCACAGGGGCAUCUCUGAGGAAGGAGUUCAGAGAAAGGAAAACUCGGUGCGACUCAAGCCAGGCCAUGAGGGUGAAAGACUGUCGAGCCUUGCCCCCUCUCCAGCUUCCCAUCAGUCCCUCCUCCACCAACUCUUGGCUUUGGGCCAUCAAGAACCAAUGGAGUUCAUGCCUAUAGAAUGAGGAGAACAGGGAGUCACUUGGCCUCUCUCCUCACUAUUAUCCAAUUUGAAGAUAUUUUGACCUCGUGUAAGGAAAAAGUCACAGCCCCUACCCCCCAUGAAGCCCUACCAUCUUGGAGGGAGACAUGAAGGGAAGUGUCUCUCAAAAAUCAGUCCAGCUUCAUUUGUUUCAUUAAUCUGCACAAGAGACAGUUCGCUGGAAAAGGACCCCAGAAAUGUGCUUGGCAAGACAGAAGGUGCUACUGGACAAGACAAAGAUGGACAAGAUGUCCAUCUUGAUGGAGCAGAUCCCUCCAACUGGCCUGCUACCACCUCUGCUCUCAGCACGGGGUCGGGGAUCAUGUACAUGCCCUCCUCCCUCUCCCCACAGUGCAUCUCUCAAAUAAUUUCUGAUCCACCACUGCAAAGAGCUCCCCUUCCUUGCAGAGUUUAGUCAUUCAAAGUGUGGAUCAGCUGUUAGCCUCACUCAAGGGCAGGGACUGUUUCCUCCAUUCCUCCAUUCAAAGAGUCUUCAUACACCACAGCUGUCUGCUAGGGACUGUUUGGGAUGCUGAGAAACAGCAAUCAACAAGACCAAGAAGGACCUUCUUCUAGCAAAUUCACAUUCUCCAGGCUACUGGUCCCUGCCACCAACCUUGUAGGCACAGUUCUCCCCACCACCUGCAGAGGGCAUGAAUUUUGCAGAAAGGGGGCCAGAAGAAGGAAGAAAGCCGACCAACCCAGCUGCCUUACCUUAUUCUGGGGACAUUCCUUCGGUAGUGAGAGCCUCUCUCACUUCCACGGCUGCUGUCUCUUCUGGUAGUACGUCCCCUGCUGCUUGAGCUCCUGACCUUCCUUCAUUUCCACCAAAUGAGGACAAGAAAUAGCAGUCAAGGCCUCUGGCCCUGCUGAGCAUGAAGCAGAAGCAAUGGAUGGAUGUGUUGGACUAAAAAACGAUCUGGGUAGAACAAAGAGAGACUAUGUGAAAGCCUCUGGCUGCAAAAUCUCCAGGUGCAUCCCAGUUGCCACACAAGCCCCCAUUAACCUGCAGCAGGUAAACACUGGGCCGGCAGCUGGCCUGGGGGAGACCGUUUUUUUUCCCAGCCACACUGUUGCAUCUGAGGCUCCUGAGGCCUGGCUACUGACAGGAAAGACUUGAGACUCUUGGGGCAGGGGCUAGGGGGUGAUCAGAAAAUGCAAAACAGCCUCAUAGUUAUAGGGCUGUGGAAGCAGAUCCCACAGGGAGACUUGGGAGGUGAAGUUCAGGGCUUUCGAUGCCUUGUCUCAGGAACAAGCUUGAAGAAAGUGGCGGCAUCCUCUUCAUAACUCCAAAGUCUCUCUUCCCCAUCUCUUGCCUUCUGCUGGUUUUCCCAAAGAGGGAAGUUUUAGCACCCAGGGCUCAGUGAUACCAUGAAUGAAAGGUAAGUUUCACUCUUGGUAUCAGGGACAUCCUGGGAGUUGAUUGAUCAAGACCACUGCUUGUCAAACAAGGCCUCAGCCCAAUAAGCAGACUGGAGAUUCUUGGCCUCUGGUGGACAGCCCUAUCUCCUCCUCACUGUAACAGGGCUGCACCUUCAGACUGGGCUCUAUCUUUUCUGCUGUGCAGCCUGCUCCUCCUGUCUAGCCUCAAGGAAGACGGGAGGCACCUUUGGAUUUCAGUCAAGGCCCUGACUUUGGCUAUAUUUGCCAUGUUGACAUUACAGGUGGAGAACAUAAUGGAACAUGGUCCCCCAUUAGCAAGUGUGUUGGGGAACACGGGGCAAGCUCUUUAUACCAUGAAACUAGGGACCUGAGCCCACCUGCAUUUCCCCCCAACUUCUCCUUCCCAAACCCACUCUUCUUGACACACUGGAAUCUGUAUUAUAUAUAUUUUUAAGAAAAUACUAUGAUAGUUGUCUGGUUUUGUUGUUUUUACAGGUGUUGUGGAAUAAAAACUGUAAGAAAACCAAGUAUUUAAAAUGUUCCAAUAGAAUGGGGUUUUUUUGGUUAUUCUAAUAUAUUAUUGUGUACCUAUUGUAAAUAUGAAACACUCCUAUUUUGCAAUCCAAGGACACAAUUUGUACUGUUGUUAUAUAUAAAUAAAGUUUACUGGAUAAAAAAAAAUUUA